GAACUUCCCAAGGGCGCCAGGCUCGCGAGAUCCACCAGCCGAGGGCGCCUGCAGGGGCAUGCUGGGCAAUGGAGUCCGUCCCGCCCCGGGCGGCCGGGGGAAGGCGGGGCCUCAGUCCCGGGCGGAACUACAGGGUCCGGCAGGAAGCGCGACCAUUUUGCUUCCGGAGUUGGAGCCGGCGCCGUCCGGGGACAGCGAGGACUCUCGCGGGCAGUAGGCGGCCCGCGCUCCAGAACCGCUUCUCUGGAAUAUGGCGCCUGUACCUCCUCGGUGGUUUCAGUGAGGCAUUCCGCUUUCCCAAAUCUAAAGGACCCAGAGCUCGGGAAGGCCCUGCUUGCGUCUGGAAGGGCGCUGGCUGUAGAGCUAGGGAUCCAGGUUUUGGAGGACAGCCCCCUUCCCGACUGGCUGUGCUGGAGAGCUGGAGCUCUCACGAGAUGGAUAAGUUCAUCAUUCGAAAACCUCUGCCUCGCAGCAGCCCUCAGAAGAAAGAUUCUGGAGAAAAGGUUUACAAGCAGGCCACAAUUGAGUCUCUGAAGAGAGUGGUGGUUGUCGAAGACAUCAAAAGAUGGAAAGGGGUGUUGGAGCUUCCAGGGCAACCCCGAGAAAAUUUAAUUGAAGCCUUACAGGAGUUAAAGAAGAAACUGCCCUCAAAGGACGUGCUGCGGUCAACCAAGAUCGGUCACACCGUGAACAAGAUGUGCAAACAUUCAGAUGGAGAGGUGGCCAGUCUUGCCAAUGAAGUUUAUACUGAGUGGAAGACGUUCAUUGAGAAGCAUUCGGAUAAGCCCUCCAUUGAAGUCCGCAGCGACCCCCAAACUGAGACGUUCAGGAGAAACGCCCAGAAGUUACUCUCUGAAGCAUUGGACCUAGAGAUGGAUCACCCACUGGUUGAAAAUAUUGAGCGUGAAGCUUUUCAUCUCUGCUCCCGUCUCAUUAAUGGACCAUAUCGGCGGACAGUGAGAGCCCUGGUCUUUACAUUAAAGCACCAAGCUGAAAUUCGAGCUCAGGUCAAGAGCUGCUCGCUACCAGUCAACACGCUGGUGCAGACUCACAAAAAGUGACCUUCGUAGUCAUCCACGCCCCGGGAAGCAGCACCAGGCACACCAAAGGCUGGCCGCUUCCCUCUUUUCAAAGGGCUCUUUGAAUUUGGGUGAGGGGGAGACCUGGCCGCCAUCAGCCUCCUCCAAGUGCCAUUCCAUUCAGGAGGAGGGCACGAGAACAACGGGGGAUGGGCCCCGGCAUCAUUAUCUGUAACAAGUGUCACUGUCUGAAAGCAUCAAUGGCACACUGGGGCCCUCGAAGCGCCAUGUUUGUGAUCACAAAACUAGGCCAGGAGGGUGAUGGGGCUCAUUGUGGCCUUGCCAAGGAGGCCUCUCAACUACCUUCUCCUGUUGGGCCAAUGGUGCCUCUCCCUUAUUCCACCACCCUGCAGGUAACUGAAACUCAAUUACUGCCGGUGCUUGGUGACGUCCCCCAGUGUUUAGAUAGCCUUGGUGCUCUCAGAACUCACCCAUCUGUCUUCCCUUAGCUGUACGCUGGGGGGGAGCCUGCAGGAGCCCACCGACGCCCCCCUUUUCCCUGAUUGUACUUACCUGAAUGUUUCAGCUCUCUCUUGAAGACCUUCAGCGUUGGUCUCUGAAGCCCCCAUGCUGGGGUGUCUAAUGAGCGUGUGGCCUGAAGCGGCCAAACCUCGUGCUUUAUUUGAAUGCCUGGCUAUUAGACUUUAGAGAUAUAUAGAAGGUGGAUAAUGAAAUUUCUCUCUAAACAAGUUGGGAGAAAAAUCUAUUUUAGCAAAUCAUGACUGGACUACAGGAGAGUCCUUGAGUGAUUAUGUAAAUGCAAUUUGCCUCUUUUUAAGAGCGUGAUAAUAAACCAUGUGGCUUAAAAACACAGAAACAUUUACUUUUUCCUUAGAAAACGUAUUGGACUGAAAAUGUGCACUGGUGUCUCACCUUCAGAUUUGCUUUUAAUUCUUUGAGUGAAAAUCUUUCCAUAGUGCUAGAGCUUUGCAGAGAGAAUGUCAGAGGCCUUUCCCAGAGAUGGGCUUGCCACCCAUUCCCGAGUCCUCUCAAAGUAGGGCUCCUGGGUCAGGGGGCAUGGAGAGACAUGGGGAUCACCGUUAGGUGCAGAAUUGGGUCUGGAUUGGAGGCAUUUAGUUCCCUUGGGUUGAGUUGCCUUGCCUAAAGUAGGUUUUUAAUAAAGGCUCUUCAAAUUACAUGGAAA